CCAAGUAGACUAAAUUUAUUAGGAAACGCAAUAAAGAGUCUAUGAAUGACUUGCUAUUUUAUUCUAAAGCAUAUUGUGAGAUGUCUAGUUGUUUUAAAAUGUUUAAUUAUUACUUUGUUGUUUUGUCAUGUGUCAGUUUUAAAGGUUUAGAAGGACAACUACAAUUGUGUGACAGUCCAAACCAUGUCUUCACUAAGACUGAUAUAGCUCCAUUACAUUCGUCCAUACAACUGAGAUUGUGUUUAGUAGCUAACUUUACAAGGAGCAAGUUUCCUAUUCUACGUAUUAACAAUUGUUUGAUAGGACUCAAUCAUAAUGAUCAAUGCCAACAUUUCGCCUGGCAAAAAGAGUCCACAAAACGUAAUGAGUUGAUCUUAACUAUAACGUUACGUAAUGUGACAGUACAUGAGUAUGGUGUCAAUGACAUUUUUGUACAUACUGGUUCAGGUGAAACCGGAAUUGAGACACUAUAUUUUAAAUGGACAAUCAAUCCAACUGAUCCUCCUCAACUAUGUAAAACGUCAAGCAAUAAUACUGUGAUACAAACUGAAUUGUAUGGAAGCCUAUCAAUCAGUUUCUGUGUUUUAAGUACCAGGCCAUUUCAGAAGCAGAUACUAGUGAACAAACGUGUCUUAGAUCAUCGACAAAGUUCAUCUUUUUACAAGAAAACACUUUCUACUUAUAAAUAUAUUUUUUAUAUAAAUCUUCACAACGUAUCGCUAUUGAACGCAACGAAGUACAAGGUUUCUUUAUUAACAGACCUAGGAUUUGAGUUUCUAUAUGUGUUUGACUUAAAGAUAAACUAUGUCCCGGACUUCGAGGAUUGCUUGAACCAGCAGCUUAAGAAGUAUUAUUUUCUGAAACUAGGAUCCAAUGUUAGAAUCACUUUCUGUAUCAAGAAUUCACAACAUAGUAUAAAUAAAACUGGCAUCGCCUUGAAUGUUAUAGGACCUAAAAAAGGCGAUAAUAUAAAUGUGUCUUUAAAUGAAAACGAGCCAAAUCAAUACAAAAUAGAAAUACAAUUCACUAACAUCAAGAUAGAUAACUUUGCAAGAUAUGAAGUUACAGUUCCUUUUAGUGGAGAUGGUUCCAUUAGAAAUACAUUUUAUUUAAUCCAAGAUAAAGGUUUGGAAGGACAACUAAAAUUGUGUGACAGUCCAAACCAUGUCUCUACUAAGACUGAUAUAGCUCCAUUACAUUCGUCCAUACAGCUGAGAUUGUGUUUAAUAGCUAACAUUACAAGGAGCAAGUUUUCUAUUCUACGCAUUAACAAUUGUUGGAAAGGACUCAAUCAUAAUAGUCAAUGCCAGAAUUUCGCCUGGAAAAAAGAUUCCACAAAACGUAAUGAGUUGAUCUUAACGAUAACGUUACGUAAUGUGACUGUACAUGAGUAUGGCGUCAAUGACAUUUUUGUACAUACUGGUUCAGGUGAAACCGGAAGUGAGACACUAUAUUUUAAAUGGACAAUCAAUCCAACUGGAAACCAAAAUCACACUUUCGAAGCUAAACGGUCACAAACAGCCAAUGAAGCAAAUGACACGAUAACCUGUAAUGCAGCCUGGUAUCCCAAACUGAUAAUCAUAAGUAACAAUCUCACUGGGAAAAUUCUGAAUGUUGUCAACAACACAAUAAAACAAACUGAACACAGAUCUUUGAGUUACGACAUUGAUGAACAUGGAUGCAGCGACAUUACAGUUUUCAAAUGUCAAGUUAUCGACUUUAGAGGAACUAGUUACACUAAGUAUUUGGAUUUUACUAACAUAUGUUUACCGAAACUCUGUGAAGGUGAACACUUUAUGCACAGUGUGAAUUCAACAUCUGGUGUGGCGGUCAACGUAACUCUGUGCCUAGUUCACAAUAAACAACUGGGAAAUCAAAAUAUAAAUGUAUCGUUUUCACCAAAAUUGAAUGUUGCAUUUGGCCUAAAAGUCAUUCACACUAGAAAUAACAUCUACAACAUAAUUCUCACUUUGAACAAUUUAACAACCAAAGAUAGUGGAGUAUAUACCGCCAAGAUAACAAUGUCCUAUAUAAACAAAACAUUAGAGCGAAAAAUAAACAUGUCUUUGUAUGAUCCUCCUCAACUAUGUGAAACAUCAAGCAAUAAUACUGUGAUACAAACUGAAUUGUAUGGAAACCUGUCUAUCAGUUUCUGUGUUUUAAGUAACAUUCCUUUUCAGAAGCAGAUACUAGUGAACAAACGUGUUCUAGAUCAUCGACUAAGUUCAACAUUUUACAAGAAAACACUUUCUACUUAUAUAUAUAAUUUUACUAUAAAUCUUCACAACGUAUCGCUAUUGAACGCAACGAAGUACAAGGUUUCUUUAUUGACAGACCUAGGAUUUAAGUUUCUAUAUGUGUUUGACUUAAAGAUAAACUGCUCUCUGGAUCUGUGUAAAAACCAAGAAUCACAUGUCGUGGCAAGGUCUAGGAUGGGAUCACAGACUGUGGUUCAUAUCUGUUUGGUAUCAAAUCUGAAAAUAAAUCAUAUCGGGAUCGAUUCUGUGGUCUAUGAUGUCAACGUGGAGAACGAUACUAAAUUGAGCGUCAGUUUGGACAGGAUGUAUCGGCAGGAGACCUCUAUGCAUUACUCCUAUAUACAAAUCUAUUUUAGAAAUACUUCAUUAUUUAAUAACACGAAAUAUAAUAUAACGGUUAAACCUUCUGAGAAAUGUUAUAAAGACUUUUUUCUAACCUUACUACAGAUGGAUGUCCCGGACUUCGAGGAUUGCUGGAACCAGCAGCUUAAGACGUAUUACUUUCUGAAAGUACGAUCGAAUGUUACAAUCCCUUUCUGUAUCAAAAAGUCACAAUAUAGUAUAAAUAGUACUGGUAUCACCUUGAAUGUUAUAGGAACUGAAAAAGGCGAUAAUAUAAAUGUGUUUUUAAAUAAAAACGAGCCAAAUCAAUACAAAAUAGAAAUACAAUUCACUAACAUCAAGAAAGAUAACUUUGCAAGAUAUGAAGUUAAAGUUCGUUUAAGUGGAGAUAUUUUCAUUAGAAAUACAUUUUAUUUAAUCCAAGAUAAAGAAGUUCAGAAGUCAGUGUGUAAAACUGAUUCAGCUAAUCAAGUAGUCUCGAAAGGUCACAUAGAUAACCCCGCAGAUAGUACGUUCUGUCUGAAGACAUUUGGCACCCUUGACACAAGUGUAAUCAUAAACAAUGAAACAUUUUCGAUCUCAACCAAUAAUAACAGUAGAAUUCUGGUCGCCAGAAAAUUGGACAAAGGAGAAGGUAUCAGCUAUAUACAAGUUCAGAUAUUGGAUGAGUCCCAAGAAAAAUAUAUCCUACAGAUACCAUCAUCAAGCAAAGUAUCCACACUCCAGUUAGCAAUAUUUACUAAGUGUGCAUCGUCUGUCUUCAUUGACUGUGUGAACCAAACAGAGACAAAUAGCACAUUGACACUCUGUGAGUCUGUCAAAAUAAGCAACAAUUUUCAAGUGUCGUGGGAAGAUAGACCCAUUGCAAACAACACCAAGGCAGAACGAUACUAUGAACUAAAACAACAUUCGCGUUACAAGGAUUGGUUCCAGGUCAUCUUAACACUCAACAAGAUUGACUGUCAGGCACAGAAGAACUCCACUGCUAAAGUAGUGUUGAGAUCUCAGGAAGUUCAAGUCAAUGUCACAAUAAUAAAGUCAUCUAGACAAAACGAUACAGUCUCUAAAAUCUUUGCAAAGGGAACCGCACUUAAACUGUUACCACUAUGGGUUUUACUUAUUGUUGUACCUAUCACUGGCGUCUUGUGUUAUGUUUGUAUUUUCAAGACUUGCAAAAAAUAUCAGUUAGGUAAAAAUAAACAAGGAAGUGACUUAAACAAAACAAGACUGGAAGCAAAGUACGUAAAUUGUCACUUGACCUCACAUGAUGGCCAGCUGUCCUUUGCAGAUGUAGCUCAGCAGGGCACUGUGUGGUUUGUCGAUCCGUUUCCUGAUUUGACCAAAGAUUUGUAUGCUAACAUAAGGCAACUACCAUCCGAUACAAUUCUGUCUUCAGUAGACACUCCUGGCGCAUGCUGCUUUGAUGGUUCUUCGAGACAAAUAUCCAAUGAAGGUUUAGUAUAUGUGACUCUUGACCACAUGUCUGAAGGUCAGAGUUUACAAACCUCCAAGUCCACACAAAGCGAUGGCAGUGUCAUUUACGCUUCCUUGAACUUUAAAAAGAUGAGCAGAUUGGCGUUACAGGUCAAAGAAUAGAAGAGGAAGCAGAAGGCAGAGCCAGUUAUGAGUCAAGAUUGACAAUUGCAGACUUGAAGGUGCACAUAUUUGUAAACAGAAAGAAAUCUCAACAACAAUAUAAAUCUUGCAACUCAUUUAAGCAAGACCUUGAUUUUUUUUAAACAAUGUUUUGUUAGUUUAAAAAUAUUAGAAACCAUUUUAUUAACUUAGUAUUUUUAUUCAUUUGGUAUAUGGUAUACCCUGGGUAGAAAACAAAUAUCUUCCCUAAUUUUAUACAACUGUUAUACAUGACUUCUAAAAACUGUUCAUUUGACGUAAGGCGAUAUGAUAAAUCUUUGUAAAAUGUCAAAGCAAACACUUGUUAAUAUAUGGGACUAUUUAAAGCAUAAUUAAAUAGCUAUAGCUGUUGAAAGUUUCUGUCAACUAUUUAUUUAUUCUUUGAAAUAGAAAUAUAUUUAAAAUCAGUUGUGUAAUUAUUUGUUUUAUUGGCCUAGACAUAAAUCUGUGCGAUAAGAAAUACUUUGACAAAUUGUUUCUGUUUAGCUUUUAGCUUUCUCAUCGAGCUAUAAUCCUAUCACUUGUCUGGACCAGUUGGGAAAGGGGAGGGAAAUAGGGGGUACCUUAGAGAAUGUUUACAUAAUGAUUUUCUUAUUGCAUACAAAAUGUUAACUGUGGGGCUAAAGUCCUCAAGGGAACUAAUUCAACUUAUACCACCACAUCUGUCAAGUACAAUUUGUUUCCCUUGCUCAAGAUACCAAACAAAAUAAUUAAUUACAAAUAGUCAUUUAAAUAAUUGUAUUGUUUUUUAUUUUAUUUUUAUUCUUGUGUUGUCGGGUAAAAAAAAAUAAUUUUGAACAAUUUCAACUUAUCCGAGAUUGGAUGUGGGAGAAUUAACGUGUAUAUUUAGCCAGACAGACAGACAGAGUUAGAUUUGUAAAAUUAGAGGUGUUGUCGUGCGUCAGUAUAAAUAGUUAUGAUCUAUGUACAAAGUUACUUUGUAGCCCAUCUCGAUAAUAAAGAUAUCUCAGUUCAUCUCACAGGCAAAAUAAUUUGACUUUUCAAAAUUUUGGAUGUGCUAUGGUAUUUACGCAUUGUGGGUAACACAGUGUAAGAUUUACUUGUGACUGAAAGGUCGCUGCUUAAAUCAGAAUAAUUAUAAUAUCGGCACAUGCUAUCAAUAAGCACUUGGAAAAGAGCGUUUUUUUAUAUUACAAUUAAGAACAACUCAUAUACCAAGUGGGUUUCAAAAGAGGUACACGCUUCUAUUGUUUUUGUUCAGAUUUAGCUGUCUGUCUAGUCUCUAACUUCCUUCUUAAUUUAUUCAGAAUAUUUAAAACGUGAAAGCUUUGUUGAACAUUUAAUUACAUCAUCACCAUCACCUUCAUCAUCACCUAUUCCUUAAUCUGAGAAGCCAUUGUGGCAUCACACAUUAUCUGUGGACUUUCUUUCUUGUAUGUUCCUUGUAUGUUGCCUUCCAAUCACUUUUCUUUGUCUGCUUCUUUUUCUGGUCUUGUUCCCUGAAGAUACAAUAAACAUACAUAUUGGAAACCCUGCCGGAGAUUGUAACUGGAAGACGUUCGUUCCUCAAGACCUUUAUCAGUUGUAAUUGGUAGAUGUUGAAGGAAUUUUGGUUAGGUCUAUUUGCAUGUCUAACAAGUGAUAAAGUUAGUAUAAGUAAAACUUUUCUGGAUUGAAGCUAUUAGUGGGCUGAAUAAAUUAGACAAGUUCAUCCUCUGCAGAGAUGUUAUGCCAAACCCAUCAUCAAUGUAUCUCCUAUUAAAUUCUGACUUAGGACCCUAAUACAAUGAACAAAUAGUAAGCUCUAAGAAGCUCAUGAAUAGGCAAGCAUAAGAAGGACUGAAUGCCGUACCUAUAGCUACUCCACUGAUAAGGUAAAAGAAAUGGCCCAUUAAAUUCGAAGGAGUUGAGAGUUAGUACAAGUUCCGUUAGGCGAACUAGGUCAGUGGAGAUCGAUUUGUGUUUAUUUUCUGGUAUUUCUAAAAAGUAACUAAUGUCUUUAGGACCGUCAGCAUGUGGGAUGGUGGUGUAUAGGGAGAUGACAUCUUGGAGGAAGAGUAAGUAGGCUUUGUCAGGUUGUAGUUUGACUUAUGCUAGUGUUGGCAGGCGUGGCCGUCCGCUUGUAAGAUGGAGGUAGGUUAUCAGCAAUAAGUUAAUCUAUUUCAUUCUUAUUUUUUUUUAUCUUUAGCAAUUGUACCUUCAGUUUUUCUAGGUGCAUAAAAUGCUGUAUCACUAAGUUGGUUAUUUCCUCAUAGAUAUCAACAUACCAUAGCGCAUAUCUCACGACCAGACAGGCGCCUUAUAAAACGUCGCUUAAAAAUAUAAAAAAAAAAUGUGUCAGCAAUAUUAGACAGUAAAAAUAAGAUUAAAUAGUGUCAAUUUUUGCUCUUAACUCUAUAACGAUCUAUAUAUGCAAGAUCUAGUUCAGUAUUAACAGAUAAUUGUUCAUACUCGAAAUUUUUUGACCAAAAUCGAUGUUUUUUUUUUUACACUGUGCAGCCCCCUUACCCCUCUCUUUCUCUCCCUCUUUCUAUUUCUCUCUGUCUUUCUCUCUUUUUAAGACAGGGUUUGCUAUUAUGCAAAACAUAACUUAAAUUAAUUAAUAUUAGUUUUUUUUUUUUUUCAAUUAAAGCAUUGUUAUGACAUGAUAAGGAUUUAGUUAUUUGUUUCUGAAAUAAGGGGAAAGUUUUACUUAGUGACAAGUGACGUCACAGAUCUUUAAAAAACAAGAACGCUGUAAGUUACGCUAUAAUUAAGACGCUUUGUGUAGAACAUUAGAAAUAACCAGUAAUAGAUAUACGGCUUUACUAAGAGACAUUCGACGGAUUCCUUCUUAAGUAUUAAAGGUGUUUAUUGUGUUUAUGGUGCCGACUAUCUAUAUUGCUUGUUUUGGCAUUUCGCCGGUGUUACUGAAUUAGUUUGAAGGUUACCUCCUGUUUACUUCAUUGAUUGGCUUCGACACCGCGGAAGAGCCACAACAACACAUAGUAUAUACUUGUAAAGAUUAAUUCUUUCUGAUCAUCGAUGAAGAUACAUAUCAUCACGCAGCAAAACAACAAAUAGAAAGACAAAGGAAAUAUUUCUGUAAAAAAUGGCAAUUAUACUAACUAACAUUUCAUAUGAAUUAACUAAAGCUUAAUAUUAUUUAUUUAUUGGUUUAAUUUUCGUGUAUUAACAAAAACAUAUGAUAUAAUUUAGAAUACUUUAUACAAAUCAUUCGUUACAUUAGAUUUGUCGUUCAUUCUUUUGUCUUUUUUCUAUUUCAUCUCGCUCUCUCUCUCUCUCUUUCUCUCUUGGUCUUUAUCACUUUGUAAUCUAAUCGUCCGUUUCUCUCUCAUCACUUCUCUAGUCCCCUGUCUCUAUCUCUUUAUCCCAUCUCUCUGUUUCUUCAUCUUUCUUUCACUCCAUCCCUUCCUACUUCUCUAUCCUUUAUCCCACUUUUACUCAGGGUGUUCUAAUGUCACAGAAAACUACUAUAGAAGCUUAAUUCAUAAAGUACUGGUCACGCUCGUGUGUAUGUGUGUGUGUGCAUAUCAUAUAUGUGAAUGGUGUUUGUGUUUGCAUUUAUAUUUCUUUUAUUGUAAUAGUAAUGAUGAGGUAGACUGUUGUACUCAAACUAAAUUUCCUUUUCUUUUGUCCAAUUAAAUUAUCUUAUCUUAUCUGUCUGAUUUUUCUUUCAACAGUAUUCGAAUUUCUGCCAUGCAUUUUGGUUCGAUUCAGCAUGACUCUGUAGACCAAACUAUGAUACCAUCCUGAGUUUCACAUUCGAACACAAUCACCAAUACAUUAUUGUUAGGUUAAUUGUUUACCUCAACAUUUACAAUCAAUUCGACAGAAAAAGAAAUUCGCUUCUAUCUUGAGUGGCGUAACUAGGGUGGGGAAAGUAGGGUAUACAUUUGAAAGUCCCCCGUGUCACCAUUUGAGGGGGGGGGGGCAAAUGAGUGUCCAAAAUUGUUUAUUGUAUUUGAUAUUCAAUUUUACGCCAUCGCAAUGAAAUCUUGCAAUCUCACGUUUCAAAUAAGCUAAUGACCCUGUCACAUGUAUUCCACACAGAUUAAGUUUUUUUUCCGUGCGGGAUUGCUUUCAGCCAUACUUGGUAUAUAGGAUUUGUUUCAUUAUCAUUAUAGUUGUUUAUGGUUGUUUCUCGCUAAAUACAAGUAUCCAUUAUAUUUCUUUACUUGGAUUUCGAGAAUUUACAUAUAAGAGUCAUUCAUUGGCUACUUUAAAAUUGUGAAACCAGAUGCACAACAUUAUGAAGAACUUGUUUUAAAAACUCUUCAAGACAUUGAACUGGACUUUGAUCUGUGCAGAGGUCAAACCUAUGAUAACGAAGCCGCGAUAUAUGAGUGGCCAUCUACCUGGCUUGCAGAAACGUCUGUUGGACAUAAAUCUAAAGGCAACAUUUACGAACCGUGAGUUAAAAUACUUUACAGAAUUGAUCUAAAUGAUGUCACUGAUAUGCUGUACCAAUUUGAAUUUAGACUUUUAUAUUCAUUAAGUACAUUAUCUCAUGAAAUGUCGUAAGUCAAAAUGCAGGGGGCCCCAAAAAGGUCAAGCCCCCGGGCCCACAAAUUCCUAGCUACGCCACUGCCUAUCUUCCUUUAUAUAUCUGUAUGUCCUUUUCGUGGGUACGUAAACACACAACAAACAC